UACCGCGCAGGUUCCGGGCUGAGUCCGUUAUGGCCGCUGUCGCCCUGAGGAGGAUGAGUGGGGCUGUGCAUGCGAAGCUGCCGCCCAGACCCGGCACUCAGGUCCCCGCGGGCUUGGAGCGGCCGCUGGUCCUGACGCUCCUGCUGGCGUGCGCCACAGUGACCAGUGCUCUACCACUGACUGAUUCACGGAACGAGACUGUACUCAUGAAAGAUGUUUCUACUCCAAAUAUAAGUGCUGUUUUAACACCUGAAGAACAAACCAAACCUUCUAUUUCCCAAAUCAGCACCACUCUCCCUCCCACAACUAGUACAGAGAAAAGUGGAAGGGCAUCUGUCCCCCCGCAUCCUUCACCUACUGCUACUCUGUCCCAAGAGGAAGCUGAUAACAAUGAAGAUCCUAGCAUAGAAGAGGAGGAUCUUCUCACACUGAAUAGUUCUCCGUCCACCGCCAAAGAUACUCUGGACAAUGGAGAUUACGGAGAACCAGACUAUGACUGGACCACCAACCCCAGGGAUGAUGAGUCCAGCGAGGCGUUGGAAGAAAAAAGGGGCUACAUGGAAAUUGAACAGUCAGUGAGAUCUUUUAAGACCCCAUCCUCAAAUAUAGAAGAGGAAGAUAGCCAUUUCUUUUUUCAUCUUAUUAUUUUUGCUUUUUGCAUUGCUGUUGUUUAUAUUACGUAUCACAACAAAAGGAAGAUUUUCCUUCUGGUUCAAAGCAGGAAAUGGCGUGAUGGUCUUUGUUCCAAAACGGUGGAAUAUCAUCGUCUAGACCAGAAUGUUAAUGAGGCAAUGCCUUCUCUGAAGAUUACCAAUGAUUAUAUUUUUUAAAGCAGUGUGAUUUGAGUUUGCUUAUUAUGUAAUAUUAUUUGCUUGACUUUUUAUAUAAUAUCGUGAAGAUUUUUGCCAUAGGCAAUUGAUAUUAAAUGAGAGGUGGGUCUCUCUCUAUUUUGCCUUGGUGCUUUGGAAAUUAAAUGUCACAAACAAGGAGUAUAUAAUUUUUUUAUCUACACUUUCAGAGGUGAAUUCAGUCAGGUGUCUAAAAUGUGGAGCUAAGCAUUACCUUUUAUUGUUUUAGAUUUCUUUAUUGUACUUCUGGAAGUAUUAGUGAUGCUACUUUUAAAAAAGAUCCAAAACUUGUAACUAAAUUCUAACAUACCUGGUACUAUUGAUUCAGAUUCUCUUCCUGCCAUCCAAAUACUUUUUUAAAAGCACAUUUCUUUGUGCUCCCAAACUGUAACCUACAAGGAUGUAUGUAAUAAUACAUACAUAGGUUUGCAUAUAGGUAACAUUUUUCUUCUCCAGGAAAAUUGCUUUGGAUAUUUUUGGAUAAUUUAAACAUAAUUUAAGAUAAUAAUAUUACUUAAUCUUACCACAAUUUUAGCUCAGUUAAUAAAUGUUUCUAGAAAUUCUGGCAAUAGAGACGCUGUAGUUUGCAGUGGACAUAGGUAACAUGUUACAGAGAUACCAUUUUUUGGUUAGAAUUCCUGAAUUAAAUUUAGAGGUAGAAAUUGUGGUAAAAUAAUAAAUACAUGUACAAUUGCUUUUAGUUAGCAAUUGAUUAUAGCACGGGUUCCUCCAAGCUUUCAAGCAGGGGGCAGAGUUUAAAAUUAUAUCAGAUUUUUUCAUAUUGUUUAUUUAGUAAGUUUGAAUAAAUUUUUGGGGCCAUUAUUGCUUAAGUAAUAUAUCUAGGCCUUUCAAAUUAAAAUUAAACCUGAAUGAAGUUGUAUACAUAAAGAGUAUAUGUGUACACUGAUUUUUCCUCCCACUGUAUUUUUUUUUAACCGCAACUGGAAACUAAUACUGUAUUUUAUUUUAGCCUAUCAUAAAGAAUUGAUCAAUGUGUAAAUAUGUGAUUUGAACCAUGGUUGACUUACAAGUGUCAAUACCAACUUUUUAGAACAUAUAACCCCUAAUGUACGUCAAACGCCCACUCACAAAGCCCCGGUGAGCGAGUGGGCCUGUGCUUUGUGUAGAGUUGGGAGGAGAAGGGCAGUCCAUCAUUUCUCUUGGUGGACAAUUUUACGGUCCUAAUCAGGAAGGGAAGCACAAUGGAAAUACACCUGCACUGUUUUAUUGCAGUAAUUUUUUUCAUAUCUGAAAUUGUAUUAUUUAAUAUUUUGAAUAAGAUUUUAAAAAAUAAAUGGCAAAGAUAUCAACCCAUAA